CAUGAAGGGGUAUGGACAAAAUAAACAGUGAGCACUGACUAUCCCUUGGUGGUAGGUCAAUCAGUGAUGAAGAGGUAACCUUUAAAUUAGGCCAUAGGUUAGGAUUGAAGUGAGAGAGAAUUUCUACAGAGUUGAGUGGAAUCUGGAAUUCACUACCCCAGAAAGCCGUAUUGGAGAAAUCAGUUGAGGGGUUUGAAUGGGUGGGGAAACCACCUGUGGAAUUGAGGAAAGUUGAUGAGACAAUUAGCGAAGGAAAAGAACCCCCUCGACACCCCCUUUGCCCCCACCACCAGAAGUUCUGUGUGCACUUGAAUAUUGGGUAGCUGGCCACCUUAAGGCCAUUGUGAGGAGGAGGAGGAGCAACCAGAGGAAAUGAGAACACAAGAUGGAAGGUAGCAGAGAGCAGAAUGAGCGAGGGCCAUGCUAUCCAGUGGAUGCUUUAACAAGCUGGAGCUGGGAUAUGUUGAGGCAGUCAUCAGAGGAGUACGUAUCCAAACUUCACAGCACAGACUGUCCUGGGGCUCAAUACUUCAGUUUGCUCACAGGAGAAAAGAUUCCCAUCAGAAAAUCAUCAGUAUCCUGGCUAUCUACGUGCAGAGAGAACUCUGAGCAUGUAGUGCUGAUUCUCUUCAAACCAAAAGAACAACAAACAGUGUUAGCUCUGCACCUGAAUGGAAAGUGGUGGUCAGUAGAAGAUGUUCUCAAAACAUCCAACUCCUCGAGACAGAACCUGGUGCAGGUUCGAUCAAUUGGGGAACGGAUUGUGCUUUAUGUUUUAAACCAAAUUAUCUGCGGACUCUGGGAGACAUCCCCUGGUGAUGUUCCAUUCCUCAUUCACCCUGCUAAUGAAUAUGCCAAGGUUUUCUGGCAGCAGGGAGAAGCAGCUGGUUUUUAUACAGUAAAAUUGAAAGGUAGUCUGUGCGAUGAUUGCACCAGCCAAUGUUACCAGUUGUCUGUGUUGGACACCGUGUUUGUGAGAAGGAAAUACCGGCGACUUGGCUUUGGGUUGCAAAUCCUGCACGAUUUCCGUUGCACCUUUCCCGAGGACCAUGAAUUGGGCAUCAGUCAUCCCAUCUCCCCAACCAUGUACAAAGUUUGUCACAAGUAUUUACAGUCACACCCCGAUGAGCAGGAACAUCUGUGGGAAGUGGAAGUCCCAGGAUAUCCUGGUCAACGAGCAAAUGUGUGGUUAACAAUCCACAUGGGACAAAAUUCCCCAGUCAGAGCCCCUGAUAGUAGCACCCUCACAAUGCACACUGAAGAUGAAGAGGAGGGACAGGAGAGAGGCUGUGAGGGACGGAUUGGAGUCGCAGCUUCAAAAGGAGGAAAUCCAGGAGGAUCCAGCCUGCCUGACAUCUCAGAAAACAACAGCGACGACAAAACUCCUAUGGAGAAAAGGCUGAAGAGGAAACGGAAGAUCGAGGACUUCUCAGAAGUGUCUAAUUGAAAGCAAGACAAAUCAUUGGCAAGUCUCAUCGCUGCAGGAUUAAAAUCUUUUCAUUGUGUCCGGUAUACAUAGGCUGCAGAUGCAUAGCAUCUGAAGCCAGAUUUGUGAAGUAUUCAGCCACAGAGAGCAUCAGAGCCAUAUACACAAAUGUACACUUUCAUACAAUGAUCUUUAGACUGAGUGGUCAACUUGGCUCAAUCGGCAAUACUCACUUCUGGAUCAUUAGGCUGUCGGUUCAAGUUCAAUAUAGGGUCUUCAGCUCACAGUCUGGUUUGACUUUCCAGCGUUGUACUGAGGGUACAGUGUGAGAGAUACCGUCCUCCAGAUCAGAUGCUGUAAACCAAGCAUUUGCAUUUACAUAAUACUAUCUGAGAAAAGAAAGGAUUUUAUUCUGGUUUUCUGGCAACCAGUCUUCCAGAAAAAUUGCUUAUGCACCUCGUGGCUGUUUGUGGAACUUUGUUAUAAACAAAAAGCACUAGACUUAACAGCAAUUGUGAAGAGCUUUGCUACAGUUUAACAUAAAAAUGCAAUAGAAAUAUAUUAAAUUUUCCAUCCGCUCGAGCUGAUAUUGAUUCCUUUUUUCCUCAAAACAGCCUGUGUUUCUCCAACUGUGGGGAUGUACCUAUGAAUUAAAAUGAACAGAGAAACUUGUAGCAUAGGCACAUGUCAGUACUUCUGAAGAAAAUCUGUAGUGUUAUUAGAGAACAAACCAAUAGAGGGAGGCACAGUCCUUGUAUCUCGUACAAGUUUACUUCUGCAAUAGUGAGAACAUCUGUUCCACAGCUAGCUUUUUUAUUUUAGUUUUUACGGGUUGUAAAUGCGAUAUUUGCAAAAGGAAGUUACGAUCACCACUGCCUUUUUUGUUUUAAACCUGUUUUUCGGCUGAGGAAAAACUGCAUAAAGUCUGACAGAAGGUCAGAAAGUAAAACGACGGUCACAAAACCACCUUUACUGGCCUUCCUGAAAUGCGUUUUUCUCAUGUUUAAGUCAGCAAAUUGCAUUGGAAGUCCUACAGUUUUGUUAAUAAACAGAUUAGCCCAGUUACAU